AUGGGGCCAGGAAAAAUAUUAGAGACCAAAGCAGGAAACUGUUCCAACAGGUGCAGAGCGCGAGGGGAGGGUAAAAUAAGACCUUCCCAGCUGUCCUGGGUCUCUGGACGGCUCUGAAGUUGGUACCGUGUUUCCAGAGGCUCCAGGGUGAUCCAAGCCCUACCCUUUCCUCUUGCCACAGUUAUGUAGGGGAAGGGGGAGACUUGGGGGCCCCUCUUCUUCCCGCCCCCUUUCCAGCUCCAGGGACUAAAAAGGGAAGCAAGUGGGAACUUGUUGGACAACCCUCUCCGCCCCCUGCCCCCCAACUCAAAAGCCUGCCAGAUCAGCAAGUGGUGUGACCCAAUACAAGCUGGGCUCCUGAGAUCCUGGCAUCUAGUAAAGGUAAUGUAUAACUGGCUUCUGUACAAUCAACUGGGAUGAAAUGCUUGGAUUCCGGUAUAAUAUCUGUAAUACUGGGAUGAAAUACUUGUAUUCAGAUGUUUCCUGAGCCUUGACUGUUCCAAGUAUCUGGUCAUCCACAAAGAGCUACAGCCCUGCCAUGGACGGGCUUGACUGGCAGGAGGAGGGUUCCCCAGCAUCUUGUGCAGAAGGUUACUAUCCAGUAAGGAGAGGGGAGACAUUCAAUGGAAGAUACCAUGUGGUGCAGAACUUGGGGAGUGGCUACUUCUCAACAGUCUGGCUUUGCCAAGAUGUUGGGAAGAAGAGAUGUGUGGCUGUAAAGGUGCCCAGAGGAGGAGAAGAUUUUGUUGAGGCAGCCUUGGAUGAAGUCCUGCUACUUCGCUGUGUGAAUAGCAAGAGGAGAAAAGACCAAGCCAGUGACCAUGUCAUCCGCUUCUUGGAUGAUUUCAAAAUGAUUGGAGAGAAUGGUUUCCAUGCCUGCCUAGUGUUUGAGCUGCUGGGACCUUCGCUGCAGACACUGCUGACCUGCCAAGGAGCCCGGGGUCUCCCAUUACCCUUUGUGAAAAAAGCUACACAACAAGUACUUCAAGGCUUGCGUUUCCUGCACAAGGAAUGCCGCAUCAUCCAUGCAGACAUCAAGCCAGAGAACAUCCUGCUGUAUGUCACAGAAGAACGUUUGCAGACUCUCUUAUACAAGAUGGCUUCCUUGGAGCAAGGGACGGGCGCAAAGCCAGAGAGACCAGAAGACGACAUGACUGCUCUUUUAGAUUGUUGUAAUUUAAUGAAAAUGGGAGUGAAGAUUGCAGACCUGGGAAGCGCAUGCUGGACUUACAAGCCUUUCUCCAGAAAGAUUCAGACCCAGCCCUACAGAGCUCUGGAAGUCCUUCUUGGGUUAGACUAUGGCACCCCAGCUGAUAUCUGGAGUGCCGCAUGCCUGGCUUUUGAAUUGGCUACUGGAGAGCGCCUCUUUGACCCCCACUCUGGGCAAUAUUUCUCCAGAGAUGAAGAUCAUGUGGCUCGAAUAAUUGAACUUCUGGGCAGAGUCCCACCCAAGAUUGCCUCGUUCUGGAAACAGGCAUCACCUUUCUUCAAGAGACAAGGUGCUCUCCUGCGAAUGUCCUGGAUAUCCUCCUAUGACCUCUAUAAUAUCCUCACUGAUAAAUACAACUGGCCGAAGCAUCAGGCAGCUCCAUUUACCAGUUUUCUUCUAUUGAUGCUGGAUUAUGCCCCAGAAAGAAGAGCAUCAGCUGAGAAAUGCCUUCAACAUCCCUGGCUCAGUACCAUAUAACCAGCUUGGUCUCAUUCUCCUACUCUCUGCUAGUCCUGGGUUUUGGUUUCAAAAUGGAACAUAUUUGGGAUAGAACUUUCUUAGGUCCAAGCUAGACCAGACAUUAAUUGCCUGAAUUCAAUUAACAAGCCUUUUUUUUGCUAUGUGAAUGUUGCAGAUGCAAGAAAACUUGAGCUGGUCUCUGUGUGUCUCUGUUUUUCUCUGUUAUUGACAAAAAUCACCCUUCCUGAACUACUUUUUAUCAGUUAAAGGGAAGACACCAUACAUACCAAGAGAAGGGUGAUUUUUGUAAAAAGAUAGCAAGAAAAGAAAAAGACCACUUUCUUGUGUGGUGGGGGUGUUUUUUAGUGAUAUUCCUGGUGUUUUUUAGACUGCAACUCCUAUAUUUCCUCACCAUAGUCUAUGCUGGUAAUGAUUAGUGGGAGUUGUUGGCCAAUAAAACCUAGAAAUUCUGUUGUCUAUCCUUGCUAUAUGAGGCUUUUCAGGAUUUUUCGUGGCUGGUAUUUAUUUGACAGUUGGUAAACUACAGGUGUGCAGGAUCUACUUCUAUAGAUUUUUCUUUCAAGAUCACCAAAUACAACUUUGGGGGAAAACAUGAAACAACUGGGACUCCAGAAAUCUAACCUGAACAACAGCUUUCUUCAUUUCAAGCUUUCUUCAUUUCAGAAGCAUAAUUUGAGUGUGGUGGUGGCAGAUUAUUUUAUUGUUGCUGUCGUCAAACAACUGAGAUUUGUGUGUAUGUAAAAAAAAUAUUUGCUCAUCUACGGGAAUUCAUCCAGAGAUCUAUCAGAAGUGAUCCCAAUCUACCUUGUUUCCCAAGUUUCUCUUGAAACUAAAAUCCCACUAAUUCCCCAGCCAGCAUGGAGAUUCUGGGAAUAGCUUUUCCAGGGUUUGCAGGAGCUGCCUCUGUAAGAAAUAACAAAAACGUGCAUAAUUAAUUGUAUCCAUGUAACUAAUGCCAUAGCUAGUAUUUCUCCACCUGCUGGUUUUGCUUGAUUUGUUCCAGAAGUUAAGCCCGUUUUGCACACUUUGUACCUCAUGCCAGGUGCUGACCUGGCUACUGAUCCAGUUCCAUUAUUCCUAAUGUGAAACUUUAUAUCUCAUAAAACAGGUGCUAACCUUA